AUGGGUCUUUCUGAAGCAAAUACGGCAACAAAGCCAAACACACGCAAGAGAAAGAUUGAAAGCAAGAAAGUGGAACAAAAGAAUAAAGAAAGCGUGAUUGAAAUCAAGAAAGUGAAACAAAAGAAUAAGGAAAGCGUGAUCUUCUCCAAACACAGAGUAGGACUUUUUAACAAAGUCACUGAACUAUCCAUUCUAUGCGAGGCAGAAACAGCAUUGGUACUCAUCAACUCUGAGAAUGGAAACCUCGAUGUUUGUGGCUACCCAAACCCUGACACUGUCAUUCAACGCUAUCUAGCAAGAGGGUAUUUGAAUUUGGAUCCCAACCCCAACCAAUAUGCCCGUGCCAAUAAAGUUAGGAAGAAGCAAGAAUCAGUACUUGAAACCUUAAAUCUGCAAUAUGAGGCCUUUGAGACUCUGUUGGAGGAGAAAAGGAUGCAUCUACAAGCAAUCUUAGAGGCACAAAUCAUGGCCGGUUCCUUCUUCCCAUCUUGGUGGGAAAAUUCCAUUGAGGAGAUGGGUUUGAGCGACCUUGAGAAUUUCAAGACCUCCUUGGAACAUUUGAAGCUUAACUUGGUUGCUAUAGCACAAGAGAAGAAGGUAGAAUAA